ACAAAAACAACAAGAAAGUAAACACACGACACGGCAGAAGCAGACGACAAGCUUGACGUUUUGACGGACGACGUGGACGCGGAGGCCGGCUUGCUUGUGUCCUCGCCCUGAGCGCUGGGCGCUCUCCAACGUCAACAAGGCUGCCACCACCACCUCCAGGGGCAUGGCUGCAGACAUCCGCGAGGAUGACAUGGACGGCGAGCUCGAGACACUCACCAUGGACACCUCGCUGUGCUCGGACCUGCAGUCGCUGGGAGAGGUAGAGCCCCGGGAGUACCAUGGCGGCGACGGGGUGUCCUGCUCGCCCAUGUCCACCCUGGAGCAGGUGUGGCAGUGGAAGAGGGAGCCGUGGGCCAACCUGGUGACCCCACUGUCACCCAGGUCUGCGAUGGUGGUGCCUGGCAACAGGGUGCAUUGCGUCGAAGGAGUGCAGCCCAGGGUGCACAGAGAGUCGGUACCAAGGACCAUUUUCUGUCACGAUUUGAAGGGCGGCUAUUUACAAGACAAGUAUGUCAAUGGCUCUCAGGUUUAUGGAGAGUAUCGCUUUUUCCACUGGGCUGGUAUUGAUACUUUCAUCUACUUUAGUCACCAUCUUCUGACUGUGCCUCCAGUUUCAUGGAUAAAUUCAGGACACCUUCACGGAGUGCCUGUUCUGGGAACACUGAUCACUGAGGGCGCAGAAGGAGCUCGUGUGUGGGAACAGAUUUUUGUUGACUUGCCUACUGUUGUUAGAUUUGCGGAUACGCUAGCUGCUAUCUGCCGUCACUAUCGCUUUGACGGCUACCUUUUGAAUGUGGAGAACAAAGUCCCUGAAGAACAUGUUCCUAAGCUUGUGCGCUUUGUCACUGAAUUGCGCAGCAGCCUGCAGCGCCUUGGUUUGAAACAAGCCCAAGUGAUUUGGUAUGACAGCGUGACUUGUCGAGGAAGCCUGGACUGGCAGAAUGAGCUAAAUGACAAAAAUAGAUGCUUCUUUGAUGCUUGUGACGGUAUCUUCCUAAAUUACACCUGGACAAAAAAACACUUAAAGCGAUCUGUGAAAAUAGCAGGUGCGAGGUGCCUGGAUGUGUAUGUUGGUGUGGAUGUUUUUGGAAGGAACUGUUAUGGUGGCGGAGGAUUUGAUUCUGACAAGGCAGUAUCUUUGGUCAGAUCCAUGGGCCUUUCGCUGGCGUUGUUUGCUGCAAGCUGGACUCAUGAAUGCCUGGACAAGAGAAAUUUCAUUCAUCUAGAAUACUUAUUCUGGCAAAAGCUGUGGCCUUACCUGUAUCUUCAUGGUCCUAUAAGGCUUCCUUUCUCAACAAGUUUCUGCCAAGGAUAUGGUUUGAAUAUCUUCAAAAAUGGCUUGGUUUAUUCUACAGAACCGUGGCAUAAUCUCCGCAAGCAGCAGUACCAGCCCUGUACUCCAUCCACUCUAGAGCAGCCAAGAAUUUUUGGCGCUCAUGUGAAGAACCCUGGCUCCUCUCGAAAGGAAACCGAAGCAACUGCUGGUAAUGAGGUGGUGGCUGGCAGUGGCCCUUCCUGCAACAAGGAAGAAGAAAGCCCAUCCAUCCCAACACAGGAUCAAGGUGUCGUUGCACAUCACGGAGAAAUCGCAUUUUAUGGCGGAGGAUGUCUGAAAAUUGGAGGCCCUGGAAGUUACAGCAUGAAGAGAAUGCUUGUGUGUGGAUUCAGAAGCUCUGGAAUGUUGAUAGUAUCAUGUGCCACCAAAGUUGCAUCACCAUCUGUUAUUACUCUUCCUUGUCUGAAUCUCACUAUGUUGGUGCAAGACAGGGACAAUUGUUACAGAAAACACGUUUUAAUUGGAGCAGAGCAAGGCGGUGAAGGAGAUUAUGCUCAGGAGUGUGCAGUUCGCCUGCAUCGUCCAUUAAUGCAGGGAGAAAUCGACCAACUUCGAGGAGCAGCUGUUGACAGGUGCACUCAGAAGCAACUGAGUGUUGAGGGCUCCAACGGCUGGGAUAUAAGACAUUUUUCGGUUGAGGUGAAUGGAGUUGUUCUGGAAGUGGGAGCCGAAGUCAGCAACCAAGAAGACACUGUUUAUUUGGGAUGGCUGGCCCUCAGCCGUUUGGAUGGCUAUUAGAGAAAGAGUGCCCCCUGUGUCAUGCUAUGCUAUAAAUACCUCAAUAUUUGUUUCGUGAAGGAUACUUUUGAGAUUACUAUUUUUACAUUUACCUAAAUUUUCAUCAUGCUUUUUUUAUGCAAGUGUGUUAAUCCUUUUAUGAUGAAAUACUGUCUUGCAUUGCUCCUGUGAAUACUUUUUUUCUUUUUGUGAUUAAUAUGAACCAAUGCAAUUUUCUUGACAUCUGUGAUAAUACAAACAUGUAACCCUUUAAAUGUAAUUACAAUACUUUUAUAUAUUGCCAUUCAACAUUCUAACAGCCUGCAUUUAUUUAAUGUAUACUAAGGUAAAAUGAAAUGUUCAGCAGGGACUAAUUCCGUUACUACUGUCUUGAUUAACAUUAAAGUGCUUUCACCUUCAGACUA